CGCAGAGGGAGGACCCGGGAACGCCGCCAGGGGCUGACUGUCCGCCCGUCUGUCCGCCCGUGUCUCUGCACGUCUGCGUGUCCCUCCGCCCAUCCGCCUGUCUCUCUGCACGCGCCACUCCGCCGACACCGACCCGACGAGCUCCCCGCCCGAAGAAAGGAGAAAAGUUACCCGACUCGCAGCCGACAUGUCUCAGUCUGACCUGGAGAAGGCCAUCGACACACUGGUCACACAGUUCCACUCUGCUUCAGCUGACAAGGGUCCAACUCUGAAAACUGAUGAGUUCAAAGGUCUUUUGUCCUCCCAGAUGCCUAAUCUGGUCAAGGUCGGCUCAGACCAGGGCUUCAGUGAGAUCCUGCGGAAGAUGGGUGUGGGUGACGGCGAGGGCAUCUCUUUCAAGCAUUUCUGGAACUUAAUCCAGUCAGUAGCCUCCUCACAGCACGGCCUCCUCAAAGGGCAGGGGAGGUCCUCCUGUGGCUGCAUCCUCCUGUGAAGAGCAAACUCUCAGCCCAACACAUCAGCACUACGUUUUCCACCAUGUUUAACAAUAAGCACCUCACUUUUCUAACUAGGUUCUGACAGAAUACAAAGUAUAGUACAAAGAAGCCACAUUUUUGACUCAAACAUUCCUUUUUUAUAAUGUAAUCUCUUAUCUGAAACACCUCUGCCAGUAUGUACUGCCCACCAUCCUUUGCACCAGUUAAAGUGAAAAUUCAGCUUAAUUGGUAUUUCAUGCAUGUUGGUAUACUUUUAAACAAUCUUACAAUAAAAUAUCCUAUAGGCCAGGGUUUUUAGUUGGGAUUAAACUGGUGAAAAGGGGGAGGGCAACAUUCACAGUGAGAUUCACGUCUACUUAUUUGUCACAUUUUUUCCCCGUGUAUAAUAUUGAUUUAUGGUGCCUUCAAACUAACAUUACGAGUAUGAACUUGCUUCUGUUUUGGUAUUAACAACUUCACAAGUACUUUUAAAAGUUUGGAAAAUGAAAACAUGCCCUUGAAAUGAUUAAAAACAAAGAAAACUUGUAAUUAGAUAUAUGACACUAAUUAUCUGAAAAACAUACCUUUUUGAUUCAUUCUAAAUGUUAGUAUUUCGGACAAUGCAUUCAUGUGAUGAAACCGCUUAAAUUGUGUGCUUUGUAGUCCCGUAUGUUUCUACAAGUAAUGCUCUACACUGCAAUUCUGCAUUUUCUUUGUAUUUAUAUUUCGAUAUUCUCUAUUCUGACCUGUAACCCCUGAAGAAAAAUGAUGUAAUAAACAUACAAAGAAAUAACAAAAA